AUGGCAAUGUGGUUAGCAGCCUUUGAGACAUGGGCAGUCGCACGACUCCUAAGAAGUCCUACCUUUCACAGUGUUGUCCGCAAAGCACAUAAGAGAGUUCAUGAAGCUCGUCAUGGCAAGGAUCCCUCCGAAAUGGGCGGUACCAAUAUCGAUGAUCCAAACAAGUCAAGUCGGUUUAUUCAAUAUUUGAAGGACGAAAUCAAAGACCAGUUCUGGGGCAAAUCGCCACCUCGAAAAUGA